CAAGGUCUUUCUGGUCAGCAUCUAUCUACGGCGAGUGCAAAUUGUGGUGAUCCUGAAUCUGUUUUCUUAUUUCUUUUCCAUCCAUUAUGAGUGGGCAGAUCGGAUGGUCGGUGUGGUUUAUCAGGCGUCCAUCAAAUAGACUUGGGCAUGUGUUUGUGUUUAUUGGACGGCUGUUGUCGAAUGCUUCAUUCUGUUUUGCAUGCUUUUUUCUUUUCGGCCUUCGAUGCACACACAGUGUGUUGUACUCGAGGUUGGUUUGCAUCGCAUCAACCGUUCAAAAUCUGCAUUUCAUUUUCGACUCCAUGUAAGUAGAUUUUGUAUGCUCUGCACGGACAUAUGCGCGUGAUUUGAGCCGGGAGGCUUCGU